AUGGACCAAGAUGUUAGGUUCUAUGUGAGCCUGAUCCAAGAUGAUGAUAAUAACCCGGUAUAUGAUUCUGAAUCUGAGACUUUACAUACACCUAUUUCAUCAGAUGAUGAAUCAAGCAAGCAUAAAUUCCUUGAGUUUAAUGAUGAUUAUGAGCAUGGAGAGGGGAGGUUUGAGUUAGGAACUAGGUUUGCCACCAUAGACAGAUUUAAGGAAGUUGUAAAAGACUCAUUCAUUGCUGAGGGUAGGGAGCUUAGGUGGAUUAAGAAUGACAAAGAGAGAGUGAGGAUGGGAUGCAUGGAUGAUGAGUGGCCGUGCCUGGUUCAUUUAUCAUACAAUAAUUCUUUGCAAUGCUACCAGGUGAAGACUUACAAAAAUGACCAUACAUGUGCAAGGGACAUGGGAAGUAAUGCGGCUGAUCAACAUUGGAUUAGCUUGAAAGUUGAGAAGAGAAUGAAUACACAGCCUCAUAUGAGGACAAGUGAGGCUAUUGACUUUCUCAGAGAAGAAUUCUCACUCACUGCACAUCCAAAAAUGGUUUACAGAGCAGUUAGAGAGGCAAGGGAGAGAAUCAUGGGUAAUGAGAGGGAGCAAUAUAGUAAUGUUAGAGAUUAUUUGUUUGAGAUAUUAAGAAGCAAUCCAGGGUCUAGGGGGUUCAAGAGUGGGUAUAGGCCAUUGAUACAUCUUGAUGGCUGUUUUCUAAAGACUUAUUAUGGUGGACAACUCCUCACAGUAGUGGCCCAAGAUGCCAAUAACCAAUUUUACGUGGUUGCCUAUGGAGUAACUAGGUCUGAAACUAAGGAAUCCUGGAAGUGGUUCUUGACCCUUCUCGAAGAGGAUUUGGGAGAUGUGCAGACUCAUGGUUGGAACUUUAUGUCCGACCAACAAAAGGGAUUGCUACCUGCAUUGAAGGCAGUUAUGCCAAAUGCCCAUCACCAAAAUUGUGUGAUGUACAUUUGGAAAAAUUUUAUCAACCGGUUUAAGGAUCUCUAUAUUCGAAAGGUGGUUUGGGACUGUGCUAAAUGCACCACCAUACCAAAAUUUAAGGAGCAAAUGGAAAAGCUCAAGCGAAUUAACCAGGGUGCAUGGGAGUAUCUAUCGAAAUUUGAGCCAGCAACUUUGGUGAAGGCCUAUUUCUCACAUGGACUAAAAGUGGACAACCUCACAAAUAACAUGUGUGAGGUGUUCAACUAG